GAUGUCGCUAAAUUUCAAAGCGAGUUCGCCGAAAACUCAAGGAAUAUAAAUCAUUUUCUCAAGACUUGAAAAUAUAAUUUAGUUUAUUGAGUUUAUUGACCAGCUAGUAAUCAGUAUCCGCAAAUCUCUUUUGCUCAUGUCGUCCAAAAUCAGAAUUUUACUUCCUGUCAAAAGGGUGAUUGAUGCCGCACUCAAACCUAGAAUCAAUAAGGCACAAACAGGAGUUGAGUCCACUGGAGUGAAGUUCAGUAUCAACCCUUUUGAUGAUAUAGCUGUUGAGGAGGCCAUAAAAAUCAGGAAUGCUCACAAGGACAAAGUCGAAUCCAUUCAUGCUGUCUCCAUUGGUCCAAGUAAAGCACAAGAUAUAUUAAGAGUUGCUUUGGCUAAAGGAGCCGACACCUCGACAUUAGUGGACGUGAAAGACCAAGAAGUUGAACCUCUUCAGGUUUCCAAGAUUCUCAAAAAGUUGCAAGAAAAGCACAAUUCAAACCUGAUCAUUCUUGGUAAACAGGCCAUCGACGACGAUUCCAACCAAACUGGCCAAAUGUUGGCCGGUAUUUUGAACUGGCCUCAGGCAACUAAUGCGUCCAAGGUUAAAAUAAAUGAAGACAACACUGUUGAAGUUGAGCGAGAAAUCGAUGGAGGUGUGGAAGUCGUGAAGGCUUCCUUGCCAAUGAUCAUCACUACAGAUUUGAGACUUAACGAGCCCAAAUUUGUUACUCUUCCAAAAAUGAUGAAAGCUAAGAAGAAGCCGCUGGAAAUCUUGACGGUUGAAGACUUGGGUAUUACUAUUGAGCACAGAUUGCAGACGUGUAAGCUUGAAGACCCUCCAGUGAGGCAAGGUGGCGCUAAAGUUAGCUCUGUUGAUGAACUGGUCUCCAAACUAAAGGAGUUGAAUGCUGUCUGAGCCAGAUUUUUCGAACUGAGGCCAGACCUUGACGAAAAACAUUAUAUAGAUACUAGAAAUUCCGAUUGGAGUUCCCCACGUAAGUUGUUUUC